AUGAAGUCGCUCUCCAUCGCACUCGCGCUCGCUGCGCCAGUCCAGGCUGGUCUGCGUUUUGGAUGCUCAUCAUUGACCACCCAACGUCUCGACCCUGUUGUCGAGCCUGGCAACAACCCCUCAGCCCAUGUCCACCACAUCGUAGGCGGAAAUGCCUUCAACGCCACGAUGACUGGUGAUGUUGGCGCGAGGGCUACCUGCACCACAUGCGAGAUGUCCGAGGACUUCUCAAACUACUGGACUGCGGUGUUAUACUUUAAGCACCCGACCAAUGGUAGCUAUCACCGAGUUCCGGUGACCAACAAUGCUGCUCUGGCACCUGGUACUAAGGGUGGCAUGACUAUUUACUAUACACCGUACGAUUUCACCACCGACAAUUUGAGGAACCAGCCCAUCACGGCUUUCAAGCCGGGUUUCCGUAUGACGGUUGGCAGCCCGACAACAGACACCCUCGAUCAGGCUAAGGGCCACAUUGGUCUGCGAUACAAUUGCCUACAGACCACCCUCAACAGAGGUCCGGAGAUGGUGGACUUCCCCGAUAGGCCCUGCCCGGGCGGUAUCUUCGCUGUUCACCACUUCCCAGCAUGCUGGGAUGGCAAGAACCUUGACAGUCCCGACCACCAGUCCCACAUGUAUAACACCAUCAGGUCUGAUGGCUUCACUAAUGCUCCACCGUGCCCGGCGUCGCACCCUGUUCGGAUGCCCCAAGUAACUUACGAGACCGUUUGGGACACCACCAAGUUCAACAGCAUGUGGCCUUCAGGGACCCCCAACCCAUUCGUGUGGAGUUUCGAAGGAAGCAGUGGAUAUGGCACUCACGCCGACUACAUGUUCGGCUGGAAAGGCGACUCGUUGCAGCGCGCCAUGAACAAGUCCGAAUGCUUCUACGAUGGCUGCGGCUCCAUCACAAAGCAAACCAUGGCGGUGGCCAACCAGUGCACCGUCCCUGACAUGGUCGGCGAGGAAACCGAUGGAUGGCUUGACCACCUUCCGGGCAUGAAGAUGUAA